AUGGCAAGUCGUCGUAUCAUGAAAGUUCGAGGUUGGCUCGGACUUGCGGUGUCGGGUGAGCAGUGGCAGCGCAACGAAGAGCUUGGGAUGCGGAUGCGGUGUGGUGAGAUUCUUCUGGUCGGUGGCGUCAGCAUGACGCUGCAGUCAAGUGUGGCAUAG